CAGUGGAGAAGCCGCUGGGGGAAGGAUCGCCGACGAUCACCCUUCAUCGUUAAAACCUUCAGCUGAUUCCGGAAAAACAGUCUGAAGCUUGGAAAUAUACGAUCCUAUAAAGCCAAGAGUAUAAACAAUGUCAGGAAAAAUUCAGGGUCUGCUGGUAGUGAGUGCCAUACUCAGUCUGGCAAAUGGAUCGGGAUCUUCCACCAAACCAAACAUAGUGAUAAUACUGAUAGAUGAUAUGGGCAUGAACGAUGUGAGUUUUCAUGGCUCGAAUCAGAUUCUCACACCCAACAUCGAUGCCCUGGCCUACAAUGGUAUUCUGCUCAACAAGCAUUAUGUUCCGAAUUUGUGCACUCCAUCUAGGGCCACCCUUCUAACCGGAAAAUAUCCCAUACACACAGGAAUGCAGCACUUUGUUAUUAUAACCGAUGAACCCUGGGGUCUUCCUCAGCGAGAGCGUCUGAUGCCGGAGCUUUUCCGGGAGGCGGGCUAUUCCACCCACUUGGUGGGAAAGUGGCACUUGGGCUUCUGGCGAAAGGACCUUACUCCCACAAUGCGGGGAUUCGACCAUCACUUUGGUUAUUACAACGGGUACAUUGACUAUUACGACCAUCAGGUUCGAUUGCUCGACAGGAACUAUUCGGCGGGACUGGAUUUCCGAAGGGAUCUUGAACCCUGUCCCGAAGCAAAUGGAACCUACGCCACGGAAGCCUUCACCUCCGAAGCAAAAAGGAUUAUUGAGAGUCACGAUAAGAGCAAACCGUUGUUCAUGGUGCUCAGUCAUUUGGCAGUUCACACGGGCAACGAGGAUAAUCCCAUGCAGGCUCCUGAGGAGGAGGUGGCCAAAUUUGCCCACAUCAAGGAUCCCAAGCGACGCACUUACGCUGGUAUGAUUUCCAGUCUGGAUAAGAGUGUGGCUCAGACGAUUGGUGCCCUAAAGGAUAAUGGCAUGCUGAAUAACACCAUCAUUUUGCUCUACUCGGACAAUGGAGCGCCCACUGUCGGCAUUCACUCCAAUGCUGGUUCUAACUAUCCUUUUCGAGGGCAAAAGGAAUCUCCUUGGGAGGGUGGCAUUCGAUCGGCUGGAGCUUUAUGGAGUCCGCUGCUGAAAGAGCAAGGUUAUGUGUCCAACCAGGCUAUCCAUGCCGUAGAUUGGCUGCCCACAUUGGCUGGUGCUGCCGGGGUAUCCUUGCCACAGGAUCUUCAGCUGGACGGGAUUAAUCUCUGGCCUUCGCUGAGUGGCAAUGAAGAACCGAAGCCCAGAACGAUGAUACAUGUGCUCGAUGAAGUUUUCGGUUACUCUUCGUACAUGAGAGAUAAUCUAAAGUAUGUAAACGGAAGCAGCUUUGAGGGACAAUACGAUCAGUGGCUAGGUGAACUGGAAUCCAACGAAGACGAUCCCUUGAGUGAGAGCUACGGACAGCAUGUUCUGGAAUCGGAAGUUCAACGCAUCCUAGGAAAUCGGGGAUUAACCGAGGAUCGCAUCAGUCAAAUGCGAAGCGAAGCCACCGAGAAGUGUCCCCCUAUUGAAGGACAAAAUCCUCUAGACCCGAAAUUUAAAUGUGAGCCCCUCAAAGCCCACUGCUUUUUCGAUUUGGCAAAGGAUCCCUGCGAGCGAUACAAUUUAGCACAACUUUAUCCACUCCAACUGCAGGAACUUGCCGAAGAGGUGGAACAAGUCCGUCGAACUGCGAUUCCUAGCGCCAGAGUUUCCACUUCCGAUCCACGGGCUGAUCCGGCUUACCACAACGGAAAUUGGGAGUGGUGGAAUAAUACGGAAACGGAUUCAAGUUCCGGUACUUGUUUGUUAAAUUCAUGGGUUAUGAUAGGAAGUAUUAUUAGCUUAGGAUUUAGAUAAUGAUUAUAGUGGUAAGAUCAGAGUAGUGUAAUUUUUAAUCAAAAUAAACAAUUUGUAA